AUGCGGCUGCCCGCGCCCUGCCGCGGGAGGGCCGCCGCGGAGCCUGACGAGCCGCCGCCGCAGCCGCAGCCGCGGGAGGAGCGCGGCCGCGGCGGCCCGGUCUGCGGCGCAUGGCGCCCGCCGCGCGGCACGGCGUCCGAGGCCCUGCCAGAGGCUGGCGCGGAAGCCGCGGCGGAGCGCCGCAGCACGCGGCUGCUGCUGGUGCGCCACGGCGAGACGCUGUGGAACACGCAGCGGAGGAUGCAGGGGCAGCUGGACAUCGACCUGAACGAGGUCGGCGUGCGGCAGGCGCAGCAGGUGGCUGAUGCGCUGCGGCGGCUGGGCGUGGCCGAGCGCGUGGAGGCGGUCGUGUCCUCGGACCUCUCGAGGGCCAGCCGCACGGCCGACAUCAUCGCGGGCGCGUGCCCGUCGGCCUCUCGCCGUGCCGACGCGGACCUGCGCGAGGUCCAUUUCGGCGUCCUGCAAGGGGAGCGGCUCGACGACCCCGCGGUCGAGUGCCAGAGGGCCCGGGUCCACAACGCCUGGCGGCGCGGCGACUUCCACGUGGCCGUGGAGGGCGGCGAGACCGUCGACCAGCUGACGGCGCGGGGCCUGCGCGGUCUGCGUUCCGCCUGCGGCGCGGGCGCCCCCGGGGCCGAGCCGGGGGCGCCGGUGCUUUCCGCCCCGAGCGCACCCCGGCUGGUCGUGGUCGUGGCGCACGCAGGGGUUAUCAAGUGGUGCGCGGUGAGGCUGGAGCUGGGCGGCGAGGCUCCCUCGCCGGAGGCCAUGUCCAGGCCGGCCAUGCGGGAGCUGCUCGGCGCGCCCGUCAGGAACUGCUGCGUGUCGAGCCUGCUGUACGACCACGAGGCGGACGCGUUCUGCAGCGAGGGGUGGUUCCAGACCAUCGAGGAGGGCAGCCGCGCCAGGGAGGAUUGCGAGUGA